AUGGGCUAUGACCGAGGCCUUGGAGGCUCCGUUGUGCUAGUUCCAGCCAUCCGCGCUUUCCUCAAGUAUCUAUUAGUCACCGAUGCUACUGGAGAGGUUAUUAUUCACUCGAAUUUCCCUCUUACCGAGCGGCACUGUAUUGAGUUUGAUCCGAUCUUGUCACCUAUUGAAUCAUUCAUAAAUGAGUGGUUGGACUUGGUCAAAAACCGUAUGAGUUUGGGACCGGGACCGCACGAGAAGGCGGGUGGUCUGGGAGGUGGCAAUGGCAGAUUCUUUGCUAUCUUUUCAACGCACGUCAAAGCGUGGAGCGCUAUUCAAAGCUUCAGUUUUAGUAAGCGGAUGCAGUCCGAACUCGGAGUACAUUGUUACAAUACGUUGUCGUGUCUCACUCUCAUGUCCACUCUUUGCAAUUGCACCAUAUUGACCACGGCCCUCCGUGCUAUUGGUCAUGUGAAAAGAUCCCUGAUAUUGAGGUCGACCAGAACGACAUUCCGUAUUAUACCGAGAGUAUACAUCCCCUGUGACCAACCAAGUUUCAUAACUCGGGUAGACCAGCAUUGGCAUGGAUCUAUAACUUAUACAUGUACCAUUAACACUGGACCCGGCCCGGCUCUGCCAGCUACCAGACCUGGACCUCCGGCAUAUUUCGUCUUGACACGCUUCCUUGUCACCGUCUCCCAGACAUCAUCCCGGUACCUCCAGGCACCACAACCAGGAUUCUCUUCCCGAGCGCGACAACAGGUACUUGCAACCGACAGUCAUGCCAGGAUGCGUAAAGACUCUAUAGCACCAAGGAGCGCCACCUAA